CUAGUGUUGAUCAGGGCCCAUCUACAACUUAACUCCACGGGCGCUUUAAAACAUUUAAUUUCCAGGCCCAGACAGGACACAUCUCCUUCUGAGAAUUCUUUAUUAUCAUUAACUCACUACCAAACUCCCCUUAACGCAGGAACACACUUUUAGCCCCCAGGUCUCAUUUAAUUAACUCGCCACGCGGUUCUGGGCCGAUCGAUCUAAACCCCGACACGAUUUAGACUAGGCAAGUGCUGAAGAUCGCCAACAACUCCGAUCAGACGACGAUUACUAUCGGUCCAAGCAAUACGAACUUGUGGCACACGCGUUGGCUUUACUAGUAUCUACCAUGGCUUUUCCUCCGAUAGCUAGGGCGACCUUGCAAGCUGCGCUGAUCAAUGCUGGUUCCAAUGUUCUGGCUCAGGCUAUUGGAGCUUACAGGGAUGAGAGACCCUUUGAAUUAGACACUCAAGCCUUAUUUCAGUUCACUACUUGUGCCUUCGUUCUUUCACCCUUGACCUUCCUGUGGCUUGAAGGCCUCGAGGCAAAGCUUCCGGGCUAUGAUGAGAGCUCUGUCCCCAAGCCAAAAGCGGAGAAGAAGGUGGCACAGAAGCCCAGGCUAAAUGUCACCAAUACUGUGGCGAAGAUUGUCAUCGAUCAGAUCAUCGGCGGUGCCUGGAACACGGCAGUCUUUAUCACGACGAUGGGGCUUCUGCGCGGCCAGAGCUGGGACGCCAUUACGCUGCAGAUCCAGAAGGAUUUCUGGCCCAUCCUGAUCGCCGGAUUCAAACUGUGGCCAAUUGUCUCUAUCCUGAACUUCACCGUUGUCCCAACAGACAAACGGCUACUCGUUGGCAGUCUGUUCGGUGUGCUCUGGGCUGUUUAUCUGAGCCUGAUGUCGGGUUGAUGCUGUAUCAUGUCAACUAAGGGGUUUGCUUAAAUUGCCGGGCUGAUUGGUCUAUGUUGGAAGCUAAGUUGGGCGCUGGGGACCUGGGGCCUGCGGGUGGUGUUUCUGUUGGUUUCGCAAAUAUUUUGACAAGAAUUCUCAAGAUUUGCAACUUAUGCUUCCUAGAGCAGUAGCACAUAUAACUUGAG